GAGUUGACGGGACACUGUGUUAAUGGUACUGCGCAUUUACAACGGCACGUCUGCAGCGGCUCGUUGUUGAAACCGCGGCAGAAUUAUACGUUCCUUCACAAGGAUGGCCGAGAAUGGAAGUGACACGUCAGGCCAAACGGAAGAUAAUUUAAGUAUAUCUGAUGUUUCAGUGGAAGUGGCCACCGUUGAUGCAAAGCUAUCCAAAAGAAAGCAGCAUAGAAAAGGCAAAAGGAAAUCCAGAUCGAAGAGAAAAGCCAGGAAGAAACAAACCAGUGUGUGGAAAUCCCGAAGCAUGGUGAUCCUGGUGACUGUGCUGAUUGUGGUGUUUGUAGUGACCAUGUGGACCCUGCUGUGGUACUUCGUCUUGCAACCUGAGAACAGCAGCCUGGUGUAUUUUGCUGGGCUGUUCCGUUUAGCCCAAGUGGAGUUUAUCCCAGAGUAUCGGCACAGGGACUCCAGAGAAUUCCUGUCCAUGGCACAGAACAUUGAGCACGUGGUGAAUAGCGUUUACAAAGCAUCAGCGGUGUCCAGACUGUACAGGCAAGCUGUCAUUUCAGAUUUAAGCAGUAACAAUGAUGGAGGUCUUCUUGUUCACUUCUGGAUGGUCUUUGUUGUUCCGAAAAGCAAGAGCCAGUUUGUCUGUGAGGACUGUGUGGGAGCCAUCCUGAAGGACUCGAUCCAGACAAGUCUGGUCAAUCGCAGCUCUGUGGGCUACCUUUCUGACCUGCCAGUGGACAUGGACUCAGUCAUCGUUAAUGCUGCCUUGCGGUCAGAUUAUUCUGCUAUAGGCACAGAGUCUCAGUGUCUCAAUGACUUGUACGCGGAGCACCCAGGCUUCAAGCUGCCUUUCAAUGUCUCCAGCCCCUCUGGGAGAGGCGACUGCCAUCUCAAGAUCACUGCCUUGCUGGGUCACCUGGUUCGCCUGUCCAUCGUCUCCAUGCAAAUCGAGGAGAACGACUGCGUCUCCGACUCGCUCACCUUCUAUGACUCCCUGAUGCCAAUCAGAAGCAAGAUUUUGUAUAAGAUCUGUGGCCCCUUUAAUUCUUCCACAGUCUCCUUUGUGUCCACCGGGAACAUGAUGUUCCUGUCGUUUAAGUCAGGCCCAGGGCAGAAAGGCUUUCAUGGUUAUUUUGAAGCGAUUGCACAAGAAAGAUGCGGUAACACUCUAGAAACCCGCUCUGUGAAUAGCUAUGAAGGACGUAUAACAAGCCCAUACUACCCCAGCUUCUACCCUCCCAAAUGCAGCUGUACCUGGGUGUUUCAGACUCCAGUGAAGACGCUUGGCAUAGCGUUGAAAUUCUCAAACUACGUGGUCAAGGAGAAAGGGCUGAAAGGAUGUGACCAUGGGUGGUGGAAAAUCAAUGAGCAGCUGUAUUGUGGAAGCUACAUAGACCACCAAACAGUGUUUCACGUGGACAGUCCAAAGGUGGAGAUCGAGUUCCAGUGCAGUUCAAAACUGUCCGAUCCCCCGCUGGUAGCUGAAUAUGGCAGCUACAACAUCAGCCAACCUUGUCCUGAUGAACACUUCUCAUGCACCACGGGAUUAUGCAUCAGAGAAUCUCAACACUGUGAUGGACUGGAUGACUGCUUUGAUGAAAGUGAUGAGCUGUUUUGCUCAAUCCCUUCUAAAGUGUGUAACGCCAGUUCCCAGCAGCAUCCCUACUACGCUUGCAACGGAGUCCCAGACUGUGACAACGGCAGUGACGAAAGCAACUGCACACAGGCAGUUCCAUGCACAAAUAUAACGUACAAAUGCAGAAAUGACGUGUGCAUCAGAAAACGAGACGCAAAGUGUGACGGGGUGCCUGAUUGCGUGGACAGGAGUGACGAGAGCAGUUGUGGCUGUGGCACUAAACCCCAGGCUCAGAGCCGCGUUGUGGGCGGCACCAAUGCAGAUGAGGGGGCGUGGCCCUGGCAGGUCGGCCUGCACUUUGCUGGAACCCUUUACUGUGGCGCUUCGGUCAUAGCCAAGGAGUGGCUCAUAUCAGCAGCACACUGCUUCAGCAGCGACAGGUUUUCUGACCCCCGCCCGUGGACUGCUCAUCUGGGAAUGCGCGUUCAAGGAAGUCCCAAGUUUGUUGCUCAGAUCCGGAGGAUUGUAUCCCACGAGUACUACAACGCCCGGAAUUUCGACUACGAUGUGGCUCUGCUGCAGCUGAAGACAGCCUGGCCCGACUCCUUGAGCCAUCUCAUCCAGCCAGUCUGCAUCCCAGCCCUGGCACAGCCACUGCACACCGGGCACAAGUGCUGGGUCACAGGUUGGGGAAGCACGACCGAGGGAGAUAAAGACUACCCCACAGUCCUCCAGGAAGCGGAAGUUGAAAUUAUAGACCAGAGACUGUGUCAGAACAGAUACGGCCCCCUCUCUCCUCGUAUGGUAUGUGCCGGAGUGAUGUCUGGGAAGAGAGAUGCUUGCCGGGGGGACUCGGGGGGGCCCCUGUCAUGCCAGGAGAAGAGAGGUGGGAGGUGGUUUCUAACUGGGAUCGUUAGCUGGGGAGUGGGCUGUGGCAGACCUAACCUCCCUGGUGUGUACACAAGGGUGUCCAAGUUUGCAGCUUGGAUUCAAAAUUACGUCUCCUAA